AUGGCGAUCCGCCGUUCCGCGCGCCUCCGCCGUGCCCAGGAGACCCCGGAGGUUGAAGAAAUGACCCCUCAGCCAGUCACAACUUCCAGACUUCACUCUGUCGCCGAAGGCGAGGAGACUGACAGCUCCGAACUCCCACACAUCCAAACCCCCCCUUGCGAAAACUCCAUCUCAAAAAACUCCUCUGUGACUGCGCCUCGUCCGUCCCGAGAAGAAAUGCAUCCCAGCAAGGCGCAACAGAGCACAACCAAGCAGGCAGACUCAGGCCUGCUCCUCGGAUUCAAUCCCAUUAAGAAAGAUGCCAACGGCAAUUUAAUCAAGAGCAGCAUCAGUGACAAUACCCCGACCAAAUCCAAAGCAUCUCCUGCGACCGAUCAGUUUGGGACUCCUGGAUUCGAGUACAAGUUUCACUCCCAGGAGACGGAACUCAGCGACGAGGCCAAACAGCUGAUGGAAAGCGUCCGUGCUGAUGCUGCUCGAAUCAAGGCGCAGAUGGUCCAGGAAAACUCAGAGCAAAAACAUGAAGAUCGCGAAACUGAACAAAGUCAUGGAGACCGGAAGAUUGCCAUGCCAAAAGGAAAAGCCAACCGCUUCAGCGACAUCCACAUGGCCGAAUUCAGAAAAAUGGACUCUAUUGCUGGGCACGCUUCGUCUUUCCGUGCUACUCCCGGUCGCUUCCAGCCCGUUACCAAAUCCCUGAAGCGGUCCAAGUCCAAGGCGCAGCUUGACGAACCAGAGAGUCAGAACUCGUCCCCUUCUCGCUCUGCCACUAAGAUCUCAAACCUGUCCACUCCCACGGCCGCUACAGCGGCUAAGCGUGUCAAACACAACCAAAGCGAAGAUACAUCCACUCGUCAUGAAUCAAAGGAUCGACCACAGAAGGUCGAAACCCCUCGCCGACCUGCUGGUCCUCGCCCUCGCCCUCGCGCGAACGUUCGCAGUUCCCUCAUGACUCCCACACAUGCUUCGCUUGCCCGCACGACCUCUACCAGCAUCAAGGCUCCGAAAACCUCAAUGAUUCCAUCCUUGAAAUUAUCUCCGGCUGCCAAAACAAUCGCCUCACCUCGAACUCCUCGCACUGAUUUUAAUCCACGCCUCAAGGGCAAAUUACCCACCAUUGGGAGCCUUAGAUCUAUUCUUCGUCGGCGUCAACCACUCUUCUCCCGUGACCCUGCCAAAAUUGCGUCUGGUACCCACGUUGCGGCGCCCGAUUUCAAUCCCAAGUCGCUCUUUGAAGGAGCCGGUGACGUGAGCGACUCCGCUCCAACCCCUUCGCCAAAGAAGCACGUUGAGUUCACUCCGAGUGUCAAGUCUCGUCAUGAACUUGCUGUCGCCUCACCCUCUCCUUCCAAGGCCUCUUCCGCUCAGCCUCGUUCCAUGGCCGGAGAUGUGGUCUAUCCCACUCUCCCGACUCUCACCCCAGAGAAGAACUCGGCUGUCUUGACGUCCACUACUCCUACUUCCGAAUUUAAGUCCAUUCGUCAUGUUCGCAAGUCGGAUGCCGGUGGAGAGCCCGCUCCAUAUGAGGAGCUUCCCGUGGUGACUCAUGGUAUUGCUCAUGGCAUUGUCAAUAAAAAGAGGCACCGCAGUGAAGUUAAUGACGACGAUGCUCCCAGCACUGCAAAUUCUGAGAAUGUGCCACCUACCAAUGUUCAGUCUGAUGAGCGCAGCACCAAGAGGUUCAAGUCCAACCCGCCUACCCCAAGCCCGGUGAAGAAACGUCUUACCAAGACUCCUGUGCGUCCUUCUGGCCAAAUUGGCACUCCCGCUAGCAAGCAAAGGAGUCGCGGUGUUCUGAGCAUGAGCCGCCUCAACAUGCUUUCGAAGCCGAAGAGACAGGCCUAA